AUGCUCCCAUGGCUCCUCCUCUCACUCCAGAUGCUGGUCACUUUGAGAGCAGCGGCGGGAGCAGGGCGUUGCCCCGACGUUGCCAGCUGUGAGCACGUCUGCAUGCAAGUCCAGGGAUCUUCUCCAUUUGAGCACGAGAGCCAUUGCUCCACAUCCAAUGGCUUCGGAGACGAGGGCGGCGCAGCUGGCAAGGAGGGGGGGUGCAGUCGGACAAUGGUUAUCCGGCUGACGGGGACGAGAAGAUCAUACGGACUUAGAGACGACGUCUUCCUCCAUCGGACCAACUGCUACCUCAUCAAGGCGCCGGCCGACGAUGAAGCGUUGAAAGUGGGACUGAGAAGAUUGUCCGGGAGCCAUGGGGUCCUGCCUACUGUCUUCGCUUCUACCUCCAACUGGCCAGGGGAGACAGAGGAAGCAGCGCUGAAAUUUGUAUUGGAUGACGAUGAUGUCGCCUACGCGCACGUGCGCCUGGACCCUCCGGUAGUAGUUGAGGAGGAGGGACCGGGCGGGGAGGCUGAGAGCCGAACUCUCUUCCUCAAGCUGCAGAGCGCAGCGGUGCACGAAGAGGACGAGGAGAGUCUGGAGUCCUUCGAUCUCGAAGAGGGGGAGGGGAUGAGCGAGAGGAGCGAGACGAUGAUCAACUCCGAGGACCCAGCGGGAGAGGACGAGACGUACGAGAGAAAGUCGAUGUUCCUCCUCAGACUGACCGGUGCUGGCAGACAAGGCCGCCUCCUCCAUGACCGGGACAGUCAGUCUCAAGGACAUGCGAGAGAAGCUUCCAACGGGCAGGUCGACCCCAAGACCGUUUGA